GUGAUGCAGUUGCUGAGGUCAGGUCGGGUGCAUUUUGGCGUACCAGUCGAAAGACGAUUGGAAAUUGCCUGGUGGAGUACGUUCAAGGUCAAGAAAAGCCAGACACUAAAGGCCUUUGAUGCCAGGGCUGUCUCUGAGUUUAGCGCUGGCUAAACUCAUGGAAGUCUCCUGAAUGGUGCAUGCUGAUUGCGUUGCCGGGCGACCAUCCACAUCUCAUGAACUUACAGCAAGGCAAACGCUACACUGCAAGUUAAUGAGAAUUGGAAGUAAGAACUUCUUUUGGAUAAAAGUUGGGUUGAAUCGCUUACAAAGCACAGAUCGCAGGUAUAGAUCUUGUGAACGCGUGUUCAGAGUAGUAGAUGAAAGUGCCAACAAAGGACUUACAUGGCAAUUUCCUGGUGGGUGGAGAUGAAGUAGUUGAGGCUUUCCUGCUCUCUUGCUUCUGCAAAACGAGAAGGAAGGCCCCACCAAAGAGAUCAAUUCUGACGGAGCAUUUGGCCUCGAAUAUGUGAGGAAUGUCAUGGGCUGUCCACUCUUUGCAAUCGUAGCUGUCGUCGAAGUUUUUCGCAACUGUGCGGAAUUUGGUGACAAGUUUCGAAGGACGCACUUCUUGGAGGGCGACACGAGCAGUCGGGCACAAAGAGCGAUCAUGCACUCGCAAGCAUGAGCGUUCAGCAAAGGAGGAGUUGUAUGCAGAGGAAGAGGGCCUUUAAAAAUCGGAUCAUUGUC